AUGGAAGAAGGGCGAGACGAAACCCAACGCCGGUGGAAUGUGGGCCAUGAGCGCCAAGCAGCGCCGCGACCAGAUUGCGACGUGGCGGGCAGCGUUGGAGCGUUUGAUAUGCGAAACAUCUCUACUACGCUCGACGUGUAUGAAAGGUGUGUCGCGGAGGCGGACCAAGUGAGCAAUGCGCAAUCGUUGCGCCUGUUGGGGACGGCCAAGGUGGUGGGCAUAACAACGACGGGGGCAGCCAAGUACCACGCGCUCUUGCGCGCACUGGCUCCGACCAUCGUCGUGUGCGAUGAAGCAGGCGAGGUGCUUGAGGUCCAUCUUCUGUUGUGCCUGACGUCGGCCACUCAGCACGUCAUCCAGAUUGGAGAUCACAAGCAGCUGCGGCCGAUCCUGAACGAGCACGUUCCCACUCACGUGGCGAAGCGAGGCUACGACUUGGACGUGUCGUUGUUUGAGCGGCUGUCCACGAGCGAAAGGACAGAGCGUCGAGCGAUGCCACGGUUCCUGGCUCACUGGUGA